UUUGUCUUUAUUACCUUGGGUUGUCGACAUCAGAAUCAUUCUCAGCACGUUUAGAAAAAAAUUCAGUGGAAAACUGGAGGUUCUAUUUCGAGAUCUCUCUUAUCUCUACAUGCAAGCCUAUUGUGUAAUUUAAGAUGCGUUACACGAGUUAAAAGAAUUUUAGAAUCCGUGAUGCUUUAAGGUGUGAUUGAUAGGGAUGUGUCAAAUACGUUGUCUUUAGGGUGAGCGAACAAACCGUGUUAAUGGAUUAAGGAUUCGCGUUUACAAACAACAUACACUACGAACAACCAAACAAAGUAUCAUGACUUGAAUGAACUGCAAAAAUACAGUCAUGUUGGCUGUGGGUUCAAUAGAAGUGCAGAAAAACUCGCAAACACGUCGUCAAAGCGAAGGACUCCUUUUGUCUCUGAAUGGAUAUGGAGGAUUCAAAGCUCGUAAAUCUUCACGAAACGCUAGUGAGGAUUCCGCUCAUGACGACGAUGGUAUCCUAAGAUCUCACAGUUUUUCCAGUGUGUCCUUGCUGAAGAACGGGGUGACAGCCACAGCUGCAGUGCCUGCUGUACCGGCUGUAUCUGCUAUACCCGCCAUCUCAUCUGUACCAGAACUUUCCUCUAGCUUUGGUAGCAAUGCAGAUACACCAAAUGGAUCAGCUGCUUCACAACUGAGGACUAAUUCACGUGAUGUUUCCGAUAACUUAAAGAGUUGCAAAUCCGCCGCAGACAUGCCAAAGAAGUCUGCAUCAGGCGAACGAAAAAGUUCCACCACUCGACUUUUCAGGUCGGUGUCUCUUAGUUCCCGGAAACAUCAGAAAGAUCAAACUGGAAAAGAAGGAAGGGACAGAACAUCGAGUGGAAUUUCAGACUCGGAAAAACCUGAUGUUUUGAUCGAAAGAAAUUCCGAGAAUUUGGAAGGGAAAGAAAAUGGAGUCUUGAAAAAUGAAAAGAUCAAAGAAGAACUACGGGAGAUGGAAUCGAAACUAUGUGAAAUGACAGCGAAACUACACAACGCAGAGCUCGAGAACGAGAAUCUAAAAUCGUUAUUGAGUUCUAAUUUUAAUGGACCAGUUAGGACCUCAAUGGAAGGGAUUGUGGAGGAAGCUUUUGGACUUGAAGUUCCAGGGCAAAAUAAAACAGUGAUUUAUCCUUCAAAAGUCGAGGAAAAUACUACGGAGACAAUUAUUGAAGCAAGUGGGUAUGCGGUUCACUUAAACCACACAAAUACGUGUAAAGAAUGCGAUAAACUUAAGGAAACCACUAUCAAAGCUCUUGUAGAAUCGGUAGCACUUCGGAAAUAUGUACGUCAGCUUUCCGAAGCACUUUCCGGUGGUGACCAGGCAAAGAAAAGUAUUUUAGAGACGUUGGAAGAAAAGCUCAUUUCAGCACAAACUGAGAAAGAGGUUGCGUUAGAAGAGCUGGCCCAUGUGAUUGAACAAAGGAAUCAAAUUGUGAGCGAGAGGGAUAGAGCACUGGAAGAGUGGGGCAAGGCUGCCACUAAAUGGGAAAGUACUUUAGACCAGGUUGACUGCUUGAUGAAAGAACUUAACAAGGUCAAAUCCAGUCGUGAGGAUAUGGUUUUCCAAAUCGAAAAAGCUGAAACGCGAAUGAAGGAAGAAAUGGACUCAAGAGAGAAACUUCUGGAGGACUUUGCGAAUCUAAACGAGCAGUUGAACUCGACUGAACGAGAGAGAAUCGAUUCGACGAACGAACACGACCACAUAACGAAGUAUAGACUCGAAAGAGAAGAAAUAUUACAAAAGACAAAAGCUCAACUGAUUAAGGCACAACAAAGAUGUCUAGAACUGGAUGCCAAGUUGACAGCUAUUACGGAGAAGUCUGAAAGUUCGAGAAAAGAAAGAGAUCAUGCAAGGGAGCAGUGGGGGAAUUCGCUCAAAGAAAAAAAGAAAUUACGUCGAGAAAUGGUGGCUGUUGUUUUAGCACGAGACGAAGCGAUUCAAAAAUGUUUUUCUACAGCGGAGAAGCUGGAUAAGCUAAAAGAGGAUUAUAAUCGAUUACUUAAUCGACUGGCAAGGACUGGAAUAGCUUCUAGUGAUUCGGUAUCCACGUGUUCUUCUAAGGAAUGUCAUUUUUGCUCGAGCCAAGACUGGUCUGGAAGCUUACAGGAUCUUCAACAACUGGAAGGCAAAGAGGUCACUUCACAGUUAAAUCAGGAUGAUCCGUUAGAGAGCAUCAAGAUUGCUCGUGUCCUAUGUCAUGGACGAGCGUACAUCGCUGUCAUGGAAGUCGACAAGGCAUUAGGAGCAGCUAAAAAUAUUCAGAUAUAUGACGAGAUUGUAUCUAUUAAUGAUAUGCCAGUCAAUGAAAACGACCAGAAUCUCGUAAGGUCUGUGUUGGACGGCGCUACAUCCAGCAUUACCUUGGUUCUUCGACGGCAAACGACUAAUUGUCAGUUGACUUUUGAUGUUGAACUGAAAUUCCCUAAAAAAUCAAAAACAGGUCUAGGAUUCGAGUGUGGUUUGUACGUAAAAGAGAAUUCAUUUGGUGUAGCAGCGAGCUCAGAUAGCCGAAGCUUGGAUGUAGGGGACUACAUUAACAAAGUCAAUGGUAAACAUCUUGAUAAGAUCAUCUCUUCAUCCCUUGAUAAAGUCACCAAGAAGACUGCUGGCGAGAAAGUGAAAUUCAACAUCACCAGAACCAUUAGGAGUUCCAGCCAUUCACAUGAACCAAAGGAUAAGAUAAUAAAGCAUGUAAAUAACAGGACUAGCGAUACAAGUGAUGUGGUGUUCAGACGUCUCCAUGGCAACAGCUCUCGGUCUGGUACUAAAGACUCAAACCGCUUGUCAUUGAUAUCCAAUGACAGUAGCGUCUCAAUGAGAUCACGUGACUCGCGCCUCUCUGCCGCCUCCAGUCUUGGCUCGAUGGUAUCUAACGCUGACUCGUGUUUUGCUGACUCAAGCUCUGAUCAUUCGGGAAGUCUUCUUCAUUCGACUCCAGUCUAUCAGGGAGAGCGACAGCGCAUUCCUACUGCGAUAUACGUACCUUCCGACGCACCACUCGAAACUGCCACCGCCGGAGCAACUUCGGAAGAUGAUCGACCGUCUUCGGAACUUCUUUCAUCAGAUCCCAAAGAAAACGAAACGGAUGAAAUGAAAUUAAAGGCUUUUCCACUUGGACCAAUGGGACGGAAGUGUUGUAGCACAACAGUGCUAAGAACUGGGAGCCCAGAGGUCAUUAGUGAUUAUGGACUUACUCGUACCCAGUCUACUAUUACGGCCAUCAGAAUUGACGAAGAGGAUGCAUGGUUUGGACUGGAACGAACUGGAAGGUUUGGUACCCAGGAAACACUUGCAGCCUGUGGAAUAAAUGCACGAGUAAUGCGAAUUGAGAAACAAAUAUUUCAGAGUCUUGGACUAGAAGUGACAGGUGGCAAUCUGGUGGGCAUCUAUGUAAAAGAACUAGCAGAUGACUCCGUGUGUAGAGAAGUUGGAUUGGAGGUUGGAGAUCGGCUCUUCAAGCCUCCCACAGCACGUGGAUAGUUCUGCAUCCCAAGUGAUCCCAAAACUAGAGGCCGAAUCUGUAGAAGACUUUGGCAGUGAUGAUGGUGGUGCACCCAUGAAACGAGGAGGGUCGGAGAGAAGAAGCUUUUUACAGAGAUACAGAAAAAUACGAAAACGAGACAGUAGAGAUCCUCUUGGUUCGAAUGCCGACAUGACGGGUGGUUCUUGUAAAGUCGUCUAUUACGAAAUAUUAAGCAAACUCACGUGACGCUUGCGCCUGUUCUGAGACAGAAGCACCGCUGAACAACACGUUUGCGGGCAUUUAUCAAGAAACACAUACCGUUGCGUAGACUUUUUGUUUGACUGUGGAUGACCUUGACUAACCAGGUCUGAGGAACGAUUAUUUUGAAUUUUAAAAGGAAAAUCUUAAGGUAUUUUAUCAGUAGCAGAUCAGUAGGUAGGUUCCGGGGGGUAAGGGUGCUACUUUUUUAUUAUUUUCUUAUAUAUAUUAACUGAGCAUCAUGACUCCCCCUUUUGAUAAUCGGUGACAUGUGUACAUAUAAAAGGAAGUUAAACUAGAAGAUUAUAGUAAUAUAGUAUCGUCCCUGACAAUGUUUGGUCAAUAUCCUUGGUAGUUGUUAAGCAACACUGUUUUAGAUAUAGCAAAAUUAAAUAUUUCUAAUAUUUUAUAAAUAUUUUUUUUAAGUUAUAGCAAUUCAGUUUAAAAUAUUUUAGAAUAGUAAAUAACACGAAAAAUAAAUUACUUAAUUUUCUAUGGCAAUAACAUUAGAAACAAAUGACCAAAAUUUUGAAGAAUUUUUUUGGUUUGCAAUUAUGAUCGAUAUUCGAUCCGUUCGCGUUAGUGUAAUGUUAUAAAGACAAAAAUACUUAAGGUCGGUAAUGUCCGAAUUAUUUUUAACAUUUUGCUUGCUCCUGGUUUGUAUUGACGUGCAGCAUAUUUCUAUCUCAUCUCAAUCUGGAAAACAAAUAAAAACUCCACGUUUGAUAUGUCACACUUUUAGCAUAAAAUCUAGGCUUCCAGCUGAAUAGAAACUAUCAAAACUUGUCCAACUCUCAAGGGAACAAGUAGACAUGGACUGCUUCGAAGAUAUGGCGGCCAUCUUGGAUCGCAAUGCAUUAUGGUGCAUCCAGGGGGCAAAUAUAACUUUGUUACAGUAAUGACGUCGAUUAAUAUUAACAGCUCACCACCUUAGAAAGAGAAACACACGAAACUCUAUAUAUUUUUCAUUAUCUUUGUUUUGUUUUGCCACCUGGCAAGAGUGGCCGCCAUAUUUUCGAACUAGUCCAUUGAGUGGCUAUCUGACUAGCCUUUUAUUCAACGUCAUUUUAAUGUCCUACACAUUUAGUUGGUCAGGGAAUAGUUAACGCAAUAGAUGCUUGUAGUCAGUCGAUUGGUAUAUAGUGGCAUACCAACCCUCAGUCUAGGCGAGAUCGUUUUUGAUAACACUAAUAAUAUUUACUAUUAGUAUUUUUACACAAGUGAAUAUAAAAAAAUCAGGCGCGCUGAGUAGUCACAAUUUACGUCUUAUGCUGAUAUAUUCGCCUACAGGUGAAUAUAACACUCACGCGCACGCUCGUUUGUCGAUUUGUGCUGCUUGCACAAAUUUGAACAAAAAAAACUCUGUCUCUGCGUUAUUUAUUAAGUUCCUUUGUGCUAAAAAAAAAUAGUUUCCGCUCCAUCAAUAAUCUGCACUUUGACUCAGUGAUUGAUGUCAGUCAAUUUGAGAUCCUUUUUGAUAACUCAACAGUCUACAAAGAAAACUGAUAUAGAUGAAGGAAACAAAAGCCACGCCCAGGGACUAACUUCACAGAGAGAAAAGUUUUUGGAGUGAAAAGGCAAUCCAGACUGUCGUUAGUAUAGAAUUAUAAAUAGAAAAUGGAACAUGAAAAGCGAAAGGGAAUGAUUGUGAGGAAGCUUCGCCAAGUAAUAUGAUAUGUCGUCAUAACCAAAGAAAAAGCUCGUGAUGAGAAUCUUUGGUAACCUGGGUUCCAGAGGUUCUCUCGUUUCAUUGCUUCUCGGUCUCUCGCGAUAACUAAACCUACGACCAAGAAAAACUGGAGCGAAAGAUCUUCUGGAACACAGGGUAGCUUCAUGGGGGUGAUGAUAAGAAAGCAGCUUUGAUUCCUCUUGUUAAAAAACACAAAAACAAAACAACAACAAAACCAAAGAAAACAAACAAACAAACAAACGAAACUAAGUCUAGUAUUUGUAAACGGUUUAAUAGGCACUGUUACUGUUGUAAUUUUAAGUUUAUAAGAAAAUGAAUUAUUAUUAUUAUUUUUUGGUUAAUAAAAUCGAAAAGAACAUGA